UCCGCGUCCGCAUUCUCGCGGGUGGGCAGGUGGGCGCGGGCCAGCCUCGCGCGAAGGUGCGGGAGAAGACCUCGGCGCCUGGCUCGGGACUGGGCUCCCUUUCCCCCGGCAGCUGCGAGCAGCAAGCGGCGCGGCUCGGAGGGUCGGUGCCUCGGUGGACGUGGACAUAGGUCUGCGGAGAGAGUCCGCAGUGCGCGGCGCCCCCCGCUCGCCCUCGGUCUCCAGGCGUCUCCGCCUCGCCGUGGGUUCGGGGCAGGGGCCGUGCCCGCUCUCCGCGCUCCUUACCCUUUCAGCUUGGAUUCGCUUCUCGGGGCCCCAGCGGCUCCAGCUCGAAGCUAGACCGGCUGUGCGUCCCCGCGUGGAGGGCGCAGUGUGGCGCACCGCGGCGGGAUCGGUCCGGCGCCGUGACACAGCCUGCGGCCCCGAGGAAUUUCACACCGCGGCCCUGGAUGUCUUUCCCGGCUGCUGCGAGGACCCAGCCUAGCACAUUGGAACUUUUCUGGGUCAGCUUUAAACAUCACUUUGAUAACGUUAUUAUUGCUUAGGGAUAUUUUUUUAGGCAUCUCCCUGUGGAUCCCUGAGCCCUCACCAUGCCUGAGCAGAGCAACGACUACAGGGUGGCCGUGUUCGGCGCAGGGGGCGUGGGCAAGAGCUCCCUGGUCCUGAGGUUCGUGAAGGGCACCUUCCGGGAGAGCUACAUCCCCACGGUGGAGGACACCUACCGGCAGGUGAUCAGCUGCGACAAGAGCAUCUGCACGCUGCAGAUCACCGACACCACGGGCAGCCACCAGUUCCCAGCCAUGCAGCGGCUGUCCAUCUCCAAGGGCCACGCCUUCAUCCUCGUCUACUCCAUCACCAGCCGGCAGUCGCUGGAGGAGCUCAAGCCCAUCUACGAGCAGAUCUGUGAGAUCAAAGGGGACGUGGACAGCAUCCCCAUCAUGCUGGUGGGCAACAAGUGUGAUGAGAGCCCCAGCCGCGAGGUGCAGAGCAGCGAGGCCGAGGCGCUGGCGCGCUCCUGGAAGUGUGCCUUCAUGGAGACCUCGGCCAAGCUCAAUCACAAUGUGAAGGAGCUCUUCCAGGAGCUGCUCAACCUGGAGAAGCGCAGGACCGUGAGCCUCCAGAUAGAUGGCAAGAAGAGCAAGCAGCAGAAGAGGAAGGAGAAGCUGAAAGGCAAGUGUGUGGUCAUGUGAGGGCCCGGCCAGGCCCAGCCCCGGGGCGGCUUCCUCUAGCCGCACCCCUCUCCUGCACCCUCCCCUCCCCUUCCGGGCAGCAUGUCUGAGGCCCACAUGUGACACACUGCAUCUGCCCACAUACCCUCAUGUCCCUCCCUGCCAGUGUGGUCUAUGCUGCUCCACCAUCGGCCGCCCCCCUCGGAGCCACGGACCUGCCCGGUGGCAGAAAGGAAAUCCUGCAGCCGCACAGGCCAGCUGAGGUGCCAGCCACUGUGCUCGUAGGCAGCUUGGCCCUUAGGAGGCAGGAGGACCGGAUCCUGAGGAAGAAGGAUAAGUGGAGAGGACACAUAUCAUCUACAUGUGUGUUGAAGUGUGUUAACCCUGAGCUACGGGUGCCAACCUGACACCAGGCGUCUAUCCUUGCCCAGAAGCCGGUUUCACCUCAGGGCAUGGGUGGCAAGAAGACCACUGUCCCGCUCGGACACAGUGGUUCCUUUCCACAGGUUUUUAAGUGGCCCCCAAGGAUGCCUGCACCCUGUCCAGUCCCCUGCCCUGCCCUCAGGGCGUGGCUCACCUGCUGUGGCUCUAGUUAGCACCACCUUGUUAGCUGAGGAGAGCACUUCCUUCCCGUGCCAUGGGGAGUACCCUGGUGUCAGCAGUCCUUCCGUGUUUGGGCAAGGGUGUCGUGACAGUCUCACAACUCGCAAUAACGUUCCUGUGUUACACUGAGGGGUUAGAAAUGCGACGUUCCUUUCCUUUGGUCUGGGAGGGCGACAUCUGCCAGCCCUCAGAUUUUUAAAUAAAAGCCAAUAAAAUAGCUAUUUUUAAACUUUCUUCCCCUUCUCAGACAGACUUCUUCUCUUAAAUAACUUGGUCAGUACCCCGCUGGGCAGCAGAGGCACCCCAUAACCAGAAGCACAUCCAUUUUUCUAAAUGACAACACGCAUCCGUGCCACACUCUGCACCUCACGGAAACACUUUGAAACUGUGGCGUUGGCUGUGGUUUUGAUGAUCUGGGUCCAUGGAAAUUCUCUCCUGGAGUGCACCGAGUUACCCAGCAGUCAGUUCUCUCGCAGACUCUUGGCUGAGAGCUGUUCGGUGUGGUGUUCACCUGAGAACCAUUUUCCUUCUAAUGAUUGGGCACACGUGCUUAGCUCUUCAGACCGAGCCCCAGCCCCUGCUGGCUCCCACGCACGGUAUGGCUGAUGGCGGUGACUGCACCGGCCCUGGCACUGUCCCGGUGGAGCCCCUCCCUCGACAUUCUGCUCAGCUCCCCUCUUGCACCACCUCUCCGCCCCUGAUGUGUGCUGUGUGGGCACCCAGCAUCUCUCAGCUCCCCUUCGGCCCUGUAGGACAGCCACUUCCCAGCUGUGCAGGAAAGGGAUAUUGGCAGGGGGGAAGGAUGGGCAGGCAUGGAGCCUGUGGGCACUCUCUCCAGAUUCCCCAGGACCGUUCAGUGGGAUCCAGCAGUCGGCUUCUCUCUCCUUAUUCGUCGUGUUGUUUCCACUUCUGUCUCAGAGGCGAUCCGUCUAUCAUUUCGGUGUGAACAGAACCUCAUGGCCAACAUGGGGUGCAGAGAUUCUGGAGGGUUCUCUGCUGACCACAAGCUCCAGUCUGCCCCUCUGCCUGUGAGGCUUGCACAUGAGCGCUUGCUACUGAGCACCCCUCCCCGCUGAUCGUGGCUCAGGAGCCAAGGUCUCCUCAGCCUUUUGAAGGCAGUUACCCAUAUGUAACCAUUCAGGGCUUUGUCAGUAGGAGAGGGUAAUACUGAGAGUCAGGGCUUGUUCAGGACGAAUUUUGUUCCUUCACAUUUCAUGCGUGAAUUUAGAGGAUAGCAAAGCUGGCGAGACCUCCACUCCGGGGCUUCACUUGGAGCUCACUCCUUGUGACCUGGAUGGAGGACCUCAGUGGCUCUCACCUCAUUUUCUAGGGCCCCCAGCUGAGUUGGGGCUGAAGGGGUUGGAGUGUAGAGCUGGGUCAGAUGACUUUCAGCAUCAGUUCGGUUCUGGCCCAAGUACAUAGCGUGAGUUCUUGAAGACAUAGUCUGCACUGCACACAAGUGCAGAGGUUUUGGACCCAGGCAGAGUAAGUUGAUUUGAGGGUGGUGCUGUGGGAUUAAGCACGGGCUCUGGCAGGUCGCUCUGUUCCCACUGUCCUUUCCACCCUGCGACAAGCCAUGGGCCUGCAGUCAAUGCAGCAAGACCCACAUAAGAGCAAUAUCGAAUUGUUCAUUAUAUCUAAAAUUAUAUAUAUUAUAUAAUUUAUCUUCCUGCAUUUUUGAAGUAUAAAGUAGCAAAUUGUACAUAUCUGUAAGCUAGCAUAUUUGUCUCACUGUUUGUAAUAUUUAAGAACUGCUCACUUUGUAGAACAAAAAAAAUGUAUUAAAUAUUUUUAAAAACUGCUCUGUGAUACUUUUCCUCCCAGAUUUGUAGAGUGUUACUCCUGUGUGAGCUCUCUGGAAAUCCCCCCCUCCCUUGUUGGUCACAUGUAAAUCCUUGAAGAUAUAUUCUGGAGUUGAGUGGCCUGGAAGCCUGUGUGUAGACAAAGUAUUUGCAGAGCAUGACUUUUGUAUAUGUGGGAUAUCAACAUGUAUAUAUUUAAGGUAUAUCUAUUGUUACAAUUCCAUUCUCUAUUAUAUUUUAUUUACUUUCCUGUUACAAAAAGCAUCCUUGCGUGUGAGUUACCAGUUGCAGUGAUGUCUGAAAAUGAUGGCCCAUGUUACAAUAAAGCUCAGUUGUGGA